ACCGGCUUACGAAGAAGAAAAAAGACCCUGCCACUGUCAACAAAAAACGUUGCGCCUUUUAUCGCUAUUUUUGUUUUUUGUUUUUCUCUAUACAAAACUUUUUCAGAUGGACAUAGACGUUGGAACACACGAGCCGGGAUUUGUUGGGAUACGAUUUUGUCAGGAAUGUAACAACAUGUUGUAUCCAAAGGAAGACAAAGAGAACCGCAUCCUGCUGUAUGCGUGUAGGAACUGUGACUAUCAGCAGGAGGCUGACAGCAGCUGCAUCUAUGUCAAUAAGAUCACACACGAAGUUGAUGAAUUGACUCAAAUCAUCGCUGAUGUAGCCCAAGAUCCUACGUUACCGAGAACAGAGGAUCACCCCUGUCCAAAAUGUGGUCACAAGGAGGCAGUGUUCUUCCAGUCUCACAGUAUGAAGGCUGAGGAUGCUAUGCGUCUGUAUUACGUCUGCACGGCUCCUCACUGUGGACACCGGUGGACAGAGUAGCAGCUGUUUAUCAUGGAGAAGUCUGUCCUGAACAGUCCAAGAUGGAGCUGGGAGAUGGACCUUUUUUUUGUUGUUGUUUUUUUUUUUUUUACUAGCAGACC